UAUCUCUCGUUUCUUGCUUUCUUCUACCUUUCUUUGUCGUAUCUUUCAAAACUUCCCUUUCCAUCUCUGAAAUAGGUUUAGGGUUUAUCAAAAAACCACGGUCCUCCCAAUGGUUCUUCUCAAACUCACAGAUGGGAUUUUGUACCAGCCGCUGGCAAACACACGCCAAAGAGCUGCAAGAAAAGUGAGAAACUAUGGCUCCCUCGUGGGCAAUUCUCCUCCUCUCACCUCACCGCAAAAACAACCCUUUUCAUUUCCCAGUUUCACAAAGUGUAAUUUGGCUGGAAGAGACCGUGAGACAAUUGCAUGUGACAUUUUUGGAUCCCUUUUGAAAUCCCAGUCUGUCUUUCCUUACUUCAUGCUUGUUGCCUUUGAAGGUGGCAGCAUUUUCAGAGCCCUUCUCUUGCUUCUAUCGUACCCGGUUUUGCUGGUUUUCGACUAUGAGUACAGAUUAAGGGUUAUGAUUUUCUUCACUUUUUGUGGUCUCAGGAAAAAAAAUAUGGAGAGUGUUGGAAGGGCUGUUUUGCCCAAGUUUUAUCAGGAAAAUCUCAACCUUCAGGCCUAUGAGGUUUUUGCCUCAGCGGGAUUUAGGGUUGUCCUCACAAGUGUCCCUAGAGUCAUGGUUGAACAUUUUCUCAAGGAUUAUAUGGAAGUUGGUGAUGUUUUGGGGACUGAAUUGCACACUGUUGGGCACUACUUCACUGGUUUGUUAUCCGGCUCUGGUUUUCUUGUGAAGCACAAUGCUCUCAAAAAAUAUUUUGGAGACAAAAGACCAGAUAUUGGAAUUGGUUCUUCAAGCCUCGAAGAUCAUCUUUUCAUCUCCCUUUGCAAGGAAGCCUAUGUAGUGAACAAGGAAGACAACAAGAGCGGUACAAAUUCAGCAAUGCUGAGGCAAAAGCAGCCAAAGCCAGUAAUAUUUCAUGAUGGAAGGCUAGCAUUCUUGCCUACUCCAUCUGCAACCCUAGCCAUGUUUUUGUGGCUCCCUCUUGGAAUAAUCCUAGCCAUAUUAAGAAUCUCAGUUGGCAUUAUCCUCCCCUGCAAAAUUGCCCUAUUUUUGGCCUCCUUGACAGGUGUCAAUCUCUCAGUCAAAGGCUGCAUAAACCCCACUUCCUCAAACCCAAAAAAAAAAGGAGUCCUCUAUGUUUGCACACACAGAACCCUACUGGACCCAGUUUUCCUUAGUAUGGCUUUGGGCAAGCCUUUAACAGCAGUCACAUAUAGCCUGAGCAAAAUGUCCGAAAUCAUAGCGCCGAUCAAGACAGUCCGAUUAACCAGAGACCGAAAACAAGACGGUGAAACCAUGGGGAAGCUACUUAGUCAAGGAGAUUUGGUGGUUUGCCCCGAAGGAACAACUUGUCGAGAGCCGUAUUUGCUGAGAUUCAGCUCACUGUUUGCAGAACUGGCUGAUGAGAUUGUGCCAGUAGCCAUCAACACAAAUGUGAGCAUGUUUUAUGGGACUACAGCCAGUGGACUAAAAUGCUUGGACCCAGUUUUCUUUCUGAUGAACCCUGGGCCUGCAUAUUAUAUUGAAGUUCUUGGGAGGCUCCCAAGAGAGCUGACUUGCGCUGGGGGAAAGUCUAGCAAUGAAGUGGCUAAUUACAUUCAGAGGAAAUUGGCUGAUGCUUUGGGCUUCGAGUGCACCUCUCUUACAAGGAGGGAUAAAUAUUUGAUGCUGGCUGGGAAUGAAGGAAUUGUCCCUGAUAAUAAGAGAAAGAAGCCUUAAUUUUCAUAUAAUUAAAAAAAAAAAAUUCCUCAAAGUUUAGGAGAUUCAAUUUUAAUUAUAAGGACAUUUUGGUAUGAAAUGUCUAUAAUGGGUCAACCUAUUUUCUCUAUUUACUCUUAUACCAUUAUUCCAUUCAUCAUGGUAGGUGCCACAUUAAUUAAUGUUUACAUUUUUGUCUAAUGUUUGAAUUAUUGUACGUUACUUUGUAUGGUGCUAUUGUAAAAUAUUCUCCA